AUGUCCGCCCAACAACCUGGAAAAGAAAGAUCCACCCAGUCUCCCCCAACACAUACAUCAACACCCGUAACCUCACCACCAGUAAUCUCGGCAUCAACAACAACAACCACCUACCAACCAUCGUCCUCAUCUAUUCUAUCUUCCCCGGCAAACCAACCCCAAGACCCAGAAGCAGUCCGACGCACCCUCGAAGCCCGCACCGCAUUCACUGCCUCACUGCACUCCGUUGGCGAAACAGUCUCAGCCGACCUGCGCGCCCGCGCCACAGAUCUUCACGACAACGCAGCCGCGAUCCAGAAGCAAGAGCAAGAAUUAGCGAGACAUACAGCUGAGCUCUCGAGGCAGAAUGAUCAGUGGGACAAAGUAGUGGAUGGUGCGCGGCAGGGACUCAAGGAGAUUGGCGACGUGCAGAAUUGGGCGGAGAUGAUUGAGAGGGAUUUGUUGGUUGUGGAGGAGGUGUUGAGGCAGGUUGAAGGGCAUGCUUUUGGUGAUGACGAGGAAAGGGAAGACGGAGAGGAUCGUGAGGAUCGCUUACGUGGCGAAGUGGAGGAGGAGGAUGGAAGUCUGACGGAGAGAGAGGACGAAGAUCGGAACAAGGUUGCUCAAGAGCCGGUCGAUAUUCUGGAUGAUGUUUCGUCUUCGGCAUCUGGUAUUACUGGUACGUCGGCGACGUCAGGUACAAUGUCCGAAUCGUCUGGGAAGAGCAGCCCGCCGGACCAGGGUGGUGAACGGCAGCAGGCCAAGCUAAUCGAGGAUGAUGGUAAGAAGAAUGCAGGUGGAUGGUGGAGAUGGUGGUGGUAA